GUUGAAUUAACUGAAUGCGCUAUUCUUGGGGAAGUGGUUCCUGGCGUAAUCUUGUGAGAGUCUCUGCCAUCCCUAUCGAAAGUCCAUCGUAUGCCGGCGGUAAAACAACAGGGAUUCAACCUAAUUUCUAGUCCCUUUAGUUACAAUCUUCUUAGAUCCAGACAGCCCAUGCGCUCAGAUCAUGAUUAUCCAGUAUCCGUUAUGUCUGUUAUUGACUGUUUCGGUGCGUUGCAGAUGUUUGACCCUCUGCUUCGCAUUUGAAUCUAUGAUAUGCUUAUUGCCUUACAAAACGGUAUUUAGCUUAUGGGAAAUAUGAGGUCCGGCCAGCAGGGACCAUCGAGAGGUGGAGUAUGACACCGACCACUUGCGAUACGACCCCUGCUCGACAGUCUUAUCAUAGCUUGGGCGCGAAACA